UGUCAGCUGUUGAGUGCGUGCAUAGUUAAUAAAUAAACAAUUGUUAGUGUUUUAGUUAUAAACAAAAUUUAUUUUUGUAUCAUUAAACCGAUUAUUUAUUUAGAAAUAAGUUUAGUGGUUAUUUAACAAAAAUAAAUUUCAUAUGUGAUAAAAAGUUCGAAAUUAUUGUUUCAAACGUACAGUACAUUUUCAAACACACUAUAACCGUUUUUGAGGCGUGUGCACACUAAAUAGAAGAGAUAAUGAGAAGACUUGAAUUAAUAGGUUAAAAUAGAUUAUAUUAUUUUAAUCAAUAAUGGAAGACUUCAAUAAUGGAGUUGAUGGAAAACUCGCGUCUAGGAUGCGUCGAGUUAAUCCGGAACAAUUUUUUACUUUGGUCAGAAUGCAUUUGUCGUUCGAGUUGGAUAUAAAUACAGAAGACAAUGAGCUUAUAGCUGAUAAAGCUAAAUUAAAAAAAUGGGGCCUUAUAAAUUUUUCAAAAAAACCGAAGUCCACUAUGAAUCUUCAACAUAAAGAAUCGGAAAUGGGUUCUUUGACAACAGAAGGAAUUAAUCAAGUUAAACAAUUAAUUGAAUAUUUAUCUAGAGAUGAAUGUUUGAAUCAAGAAGGUAUAUUCAGAAGAACUGGUAAAUUAACCAGACAACAAGAGUUGAAAAAUUCAUUAUAUCAAGGUCUUCCAUUAAAUUUAAAUGAGGGAAUUUAUAGCGUCCAUGACUGUGCGUCUGUGUUAAAAGGUUUUUUAGCUGAUUUACCUGAGCCUUUAUUGACUGAAUUACACUAUCCUGCUCAUUGCCAAAUUGCCGAACUUUGCAGUAUAGAUUCUAAUGCCAAUGAAUCAAGACUCUUAGGAUCUAUGCAAUUGCUAUUAUUAUUACUUCCUCCAGUUAAUAGAAUAUUACUUAAAUAUCUAUUAAAUCUCUUGAAUAAAACGGCAGCGCUUGAAAGUAGCAAUAAAAUGAAUUGUGAUACAUUAGCAACACUUUUUACACCACAUCUAAUGUGUCCACGAAAGUUAUCGCCUGAAGCACUACAUAUAAAUUCACAAAAUCUUUCUGGUUUAGUGUCAUUUAUGAUCAGAAAAGAUCAAGAGUUGUUUGACAUUCCUACUAAAUUAGCCACCGAUAUCAGAGCUUAUUGGGUUGACAAAGAAAGGAAGCUUUUAAGUCCUAAUAAAAAAGAUCUAAAUGAAUCUAUUUCUGAUACAACUGGUACAGCCCAUACAGUUUAUAGUUUUGUAGAUCACAAAUUAACAGCCAAAGCUAAUUCUACUGAAGACACUCAGGCAGCAUUAGCGCAGCUUUAUGCUCACAUUCAAGCAAUGCCAGAAUCAGCAAAAAAACGAAGGCUAGUGAAACAAUUUAAUAAAGAAAAUGGUCAAGGAACUCCACGUCAUAUUAAACAAGUUCGGACCAAGAGUCUUGGAGAUUCAAUAAAAAAGCAUAUUUUCCAGAAAAAAAUUCUUAGCAAUAAGAAAUUAGUUGAUAUCAAUAUUUGCAGUACAAUGAAUAGAUCUAGUAGUGAAGAAAAUUUGCAAGCUGAGAAAUUCAAAAAGGCUUCACUGUCGUCGAAAAAGUUAUUUAGUAAAUCUGAUGAUGAACUCAGCAUGGAUAGUUUCGGAUCAUUUGAAAAUGGAAAUUUAAUUAAUUCAAAACAUAUUAGUAAUAGUACUGGAAGUAUUAAUAGUCCAAUUGGUGGACAAAAAGAAAAGAAGAAGAUAUUAAUGAACUUUAUUGAUAGAUAUAAAGAUAGAGACUCCGAUACCAGUGGUAAGUCUCCAAAAAAGAAAUCAUCCACUCCUAAAAAUAGUUCUAUUGGAUCGUCUAAGAGUCCUAAAAAAGUUAGUUCUAAGUCAAUUGAAAAAAAUAAAACAGUUGAAUCGAAUAAAUUGAGUCUAUCUGACAUAACUAAUCAAGUCCGAAGAUAUAAUAGUGAAUCGGCUGAAAUGUAUUCUUCACCAAAUUCACCAAGUACCAUUGAGGAAGACGAAUCUGUAGAUCAAGAAUCAGGUUCUUAUGUUCGUGGAACAAUCGCACCUAAUUUCAAAAUAAUUUUUACACCAUCAAAAUCAUUGCAUGACACCGGAUCAGGUCCAUCAAGAAUAAAAGCAUUAAAAGGCUCGUCUCCAUCGACAGUAAAUAAGCCUUGGUACGUACGUGGUGGGACUCAUACAUCAACACCAUCUGAUCUACUGCGCCGCAAUCUAGCUAGUAAUGAAUAUGGGCUUACGCCAAUAGCAAACAGUGAUAAAAGCAUGAGUCCAAUUACUCAGAGUACUUCCAAAAUGACCAAAGCUAUGCAGGAAACCAUGAUGACUCCGAGAUCAAGGAAACCCGUAAUGAUGGUUUCGGGUACUAAUCUAUGUAAUCUUGCUUCUUUAAAGAAUGGUAAUAAUGGUGAAAAUCACAAUCGAUUUAAAGUGGUCAAUAUCAAUAUUGAUGAAGAUGAAAAAAGCCACACGAUUACGCUAUCACCACCAAAAUCACAGAAAAAAAGCGACAAACGAUCACCUAGUAAUUCAGAAUCAAGAAUGAAAAAUCGGGAGGAUCAAAAUCAACCUUUGAGCAAUCGUCAUUUAGCUUCUUCAAUUGAAGACGAUGGUGCAACAUUACAACCUAGUUGUAUGUCUAUCACAAGUACCUUCAAAGAAUACCUCCUUUCGAGAAGUGUUUUGACAGCGAGUCCAGUGGACUUAAGCUUUACGUCGCGAACUGGUGAUGAUUUUGAACAGUCAGAAUCUGAAAUGAAUGAUUUAGAAGAAGAGGAAGGCAUAACAGAUAGUUUAUUACGUUGCUUAGAUGGAAAUAAUCCAAGUUCCGAUACUUCAGGAAUUGCUUCUGGUAGUACAAAUAGUGCUGAUAACUCUGCAGAAAAAAUAGACGAUGUGUAUCCAUCACCGCGAAAACGCGGAACGAAUUUGCAGCGCAAUGACUCCAAAAGAUCAGCCAAAAAUAGCUCGAAAUAUAAUAAAUCAAGAGAAGGUAAUGUGAUAAAACGUCAAGGAAGCGAAUCAACUUCAGACUCAGAAAAUACAAAAGACACUUUCCAAGAAACUUCAUUUUAGUUUUAGAGUUUAACGAAGGACUUAUAUGAACAUACUUAUUUUUAAGUAAACGAAUCAAAUUAUGCAAUUGACAAUCGAAAAUAAAUUACGUUGUAUUGAGUA